CCCAAUAAUGAUUCAGAAGAUCUAAGCGAAGAAGAAAUUAUUGAGCCUGGAACCGAUUUGUCCACAUUGAUACAAGCACAUUUCACACAAAUCGAACAUGUUGCCUCAUCAACUAAAUGUGAAUCUUGCGGUAAAUAUACACUUCAAGCGAGAUCUUUAAAAUUACAACAACUUUCAUCGCAUGUAUUAAUUUGUUUAAAUGUGUUCAAAUAUUCACGAGUUGAUCAAACCUGUUCAAAAAUUAUGCAUCGAGUUCGUAUACCAGAACGUUUAUCAGUUACAGUAUCGUCGUCAUCUUCUAACUCAGAAACAACUACUUACGCUACAAAUGAUUCGGCUAAAUCGAAAUUCACUUGUAGAACUUACCGACUACAAGCAAUGAUAUUACAUAGUGGUGUAUCAAUUAGCUGUGGUCAUUACACGUGUGUGGCUAAAGUCGGUAUGCAAUGGAUAUUGUUCGAUGAUGACAAUGCCGAUUAUACAACAUUAGAAGAUAUUUAUUCUGAAUCAUUGAAUACACCUUAUCUAUUAUUGUACAGUCAAAUUUAGACACAUAUCUUUCAUUUUUAUUCUUGUUAUUUCUAUUAUUAUUAUUAUUAUUACUUUACAGCUUAAAUACUUACGGUCAAAUUGGGUCACGUGACUGUAAUGUUUAAUUUUGUUGUAGAUUUUUGUUUUUAAUUUCAAUUUAGUUGUUACUCAGACAAUUAACUGAUAUGAAUGUAGUUUUUAUUUUGCAUAGUAUCUCAAAUUGUACAAUUAAUUUCAAGAACUAUGUAAACUUGAAAUCGUAUGGUA